AUUUAAUAUAUUGAAAUUAUAAAUGAACUUAAGCAUAAAAGAGCCAAAGUUUGACCUCGUCUUCCCUGAAGUUAACUUUUCAAGUCGGAAGAAGACAUCGCUUCCAUUCAGGAACCUCUCACCAUUUGUAUCACAAAAAGCUUUUGCUACCCCUCAAAAUUUAUCCCAUCUCCAAAGCCAUGGAAAUUCCUUGCAGAAUGUUACAUUUCGUGUCCCCAAAACUCGACUCAAAAACCCCAAAAAUCACAUCUAUAAAAACCAGGCCAAACAGCCCAUCUUGGAGCCCUCUCCCUCAAUCCAAGAUCUCACCCAGGCUAAAAUAUACACAGAAUUUCUCAUCCAAAAAUAAGAAAAGCACCCCUACCACGACCACCGGUCUCUUCCAAAACCACCACGUACAGCUCUACAACAAGAUUAACCGGUUAAGCCCCUUACAGAUAUAAAAGAAGGUUCAGAGACUUUACAGUCAGCAAUUGCUAAGACUAAGACAAAUCUUAGACUACCGAAAAUUGAAUCAAUUUCAUUGACGAAAGAAGCCAAAUCUUCCAAAGGUAGAAGUCUUAAUAGGACCAAAGAUUGGGCUGACAGACCAUUCGAGGUCUUCACUGGAGGAAGUCAUAGUGUCCUUGAGUUUGGUGAUGGAUUUGGCACUAAGAUUAAAAUAUCGGACCAAAUUCCCGGAAUCAAGAGUCUUAAACGUAAGAUCAUGAGGUCAAAGUUUGUUAAAAUUCCUAAAACUGAUAAAGAAACAGCCAAGAAGAAAAAGCUGAAAAUCACUUUAAAACCGUAUUCUAAGUGGGAAAAUAAUCCACCAUCUGCACUUAAAAUGGCUCCUAAAUUUGAAAAAUAAUCGGUACCAAAAGCGUCAGUCCAAAAAGAACCCAACAAAUGUUUCUAUUGACAGUAAAAUAGAGAAAAUUAGCAAAAAGAAGAUCUUAUUCAAUAAACUAGCCGAAUCAGAGACUUCUCUGCGGAGACAAGGGAGCUCAGAUUACUCCCAGUUGUCAAACUCAGAACAAGAGAUCAUCAUCCAGCCUAUUGUGAAGAUAAAUUAUAAGUAAUCAGCCCUUCCUUAAUAGAAA